CUUAAAAAAAUGUUGUCAUGUCAGUUGUCUCGCCAAUAAUAUUCUGAUUUUACAUUGCCCUCUUGUCUGUCCUUCUCUUCCCUUCAACUGGCGUGAACUGAACCAAAGCGAGGGGCUUUGGUCCUUCGCUAGGGUUUUGGAAUUCGCCAUUUUCCCUUUUCUGCAAUUCUACGCUUCCUAUGAUCACCCUUUUCAAUCCACAAGCCUCCCAUGAUCUUCUUUGCUUCCCGUCUACGCUUUUCAACUGCAAAGGUUAUAUGUGAUCUCUUUGGUUCUGGUCCAGUGUAUUGAGGUGUUUCAGAGGUUUCCCUCUGAAAUCUAGUCAGCAACUAUGCCUUCAACAGAUAAUCAGAGCCCCUCAUCGUCAUUCUCCUCGUUUGGCCGCUCAAUAUUUGGUGUCAGGCAGGAACAGGUUCAUUCUGUUGAUGCAGGCCACGAAUCCGACUCCUGUAAUUUAGAGCUUGGAUCAUUCCAAAGGCGGGUUACAGAUCGAUUUCAGGACCUCUCUGGGGCGAGUAAUGAUGAAUUGCUCUCAAUUGAUUGGGUUCAGAAGCUAUUGGGUGUAUUCAUCUGCUGCCAUGAGGAAUUCAGGACUAUUCUGUUGAAUAAUAAAGAGCAGGUUUCAAAACCCCCCUUAGAUCGUUUGAUUUCUGAAUUCUUUGAGAAGUCAGUGAAGGCGCUUGAUAUUUGUAAUGCAAGCCGUGAUGGGGUUGAGAAGAUUCGUACAUGGCAAAAGCAUCUGGAUAUUGUGCUUUCUGCCUUAGGUUUGAAUAAGAGAGCAUUGAAUGAAGGCCAGUUCCGGAGGGCAAGAAAGGCACUGAUGGAUUUAGCAUUGGCAAUGCUCGAGGAGAAAGACUCUGGAUCAGUUUUUUCGCAACGUAAUAGAUCUUUUGGGCGUCAUAACUCGAGCAAGGAUCAACACUCGGCAGGGCAUUCACGAUCGCAUUCAUGGAGUGUCUCUCGAUCAUGGUCUGCUGCCAAGCAACUCCAGUCCAUUGCAAGCAACCUUGUUCCACCUCGUGGGAAUGAGAUUUCUGCUACAAGAGGACUUGCAGUUCCUGUUUAUACAAUGAAUUGUAUUCUCUUGUUUGUUUUGUGGACCCUUGUUGCAGCAAUUCCCUGCCAGGACAGGGGUCUAAACAUUCACUUUUCAGUCUCACGGCAAUUUUCUUGGAGCGUGCCAGUUAACACCCUCUAUGAACGGAUCAUGGAGGAGUCAAAGAAGCGAGAUCGCCGGAACUCAAAUGGAUUGUUGAAGGAGAUAUAUCGAGUUGAGCUAUGUACCCGUCACUUGACAGACUUGGUGGAUUCACCUCAGUUUCCCUUGACAGAGGAUCAGGAAAUGGAAAUUGAACAGGACAUGAAGGAGCUCACUCAUGUUUGUGAAGCUUUUAGAGUUGGACUGGAUCCACUGGAGCGCCAAGUGAGGGAGGCAUUCCGGAAGAUUAUGACGUGCCGAACUGAGGGUCUUGAUUACCUUGGCUCAUCCAGCUAUGCAGAUCAAUGAAAAUGUUGGAUUGUUGAGCUUACCAGAUGUACAAAUUUGCGGAACAUGUAUAUUUUUACAUCUUACCAGCUUUUUGGGGAGGAGGAAGAAUGAGUAGACGAGCUUAGUUGAUAAAUCAUUUAGCUUCCUUGUUUUGCAUUGUAUUUAUAUAUCUGUACUUUGUAUAAGAAAACAUAAUCACUUCAUAAAUAUUUUAUGGUUCGGUGGCUUAAGAGAUAUAUUUAUAUAUAGCAAGUAUUUUCUCACACUUAUGUGAGUAAAUUUCUAA